ACGGUGCGCUGGCUUCAUCCCUUUUGCACUCAAGCUUUAGUCUAGCUUGUGUUGCCACGGAUCCCACCUGAUCUACGUAGUCCACACCGAAGAUGUUUCGGGCGUUUCUCAAAAGCGCAUUCCUGCUACGGCCUCUCGAGGAAUGGCUUACCUCUAGGCUGCUGGCCAGCCGGUCGUUUCAUAAAUUGGUUGGGGGGAUUCACCGCAAAGUUCAUCACCUGAAGACGGGUGUCCCACUGGAAGAGGUGCAUGGCCCUGACUCUGGAAAGUCUGCUUCGAAGUUGAGCCAGUUCUUUGAGUACUUCAAAGAAGAGCUGAAGGACCAGAUGAAAGGAAAUCCCCGCAAAAAGCAUUGAUGAGAAGGUGGUGUUUCUUUCAACCGGGCUUUUAUGACAGCCCUGCUUUUUAUGACUUGUGAUACCCAUCAAUAUUCAUAUACUCCGUUAUUUUCUGUUUCUCUGUUCGUACUGUCCAUCCUGAUCUGUCUACUAUACCGUCUGGUAUACCGGAUACAGAUUGGGCUGUAGCUCUUCUGCACCAUGAGCUACAUCCCUCAUUCCAUCCGGAGAACGAUUACCAUUGCUUCAUCCGCUUUGCCUAACCGUGUAUCUUUGGACUGUUGGGUUGGGCCUUGAAAUGUCGAAGCGUACAUAUAUAGUCUUAAAUAGAGUCGAACGUAACCGAAUAUCAAACAAUUAGCAAAGCCAU